AUGGUCAUCGACAGUAAGGCCGGAGAGGCCGGGUCAGCGCCCGUCCGGCCGCCCAGGAGGAGUUUCACGGAAGACCUCUCCUCUACUUUCAGCUCGCCGCUGGCCUGGAUCCUGGUCCUGGCGCUAAUCAUAACCUGGUCAUGUGUUUUUGUCAUUAUGUUCGAUCUGAUGGACUACAAGACCGUUUCAGGAGGUCUCAGCAAAAUGCGCUCGGACCCCUUGAAGGUGGUGAACGAUGCGGUGGAAGAGUCGACCAACCUGGUCUCUGCGGUGUUAAACUUCGCCGCCAGCCUGAUUGCUCCUGAUGAAGAAGACGGUACGCGCAAUAACGCUCAAUACGACCUCAUAACUGCUAAGGAGAAGCUGCCGGCCAUUGAAGUGGAAGAGGAGGGAGAGGAGUUUGGAGAGGAAGAGGGGGAAGAGACUGAUGAGGUGGAGGCCCCAGCAGAGGAGGAGAAACAGGAGGAGUUAGAAGGAGAGGAAGACGAGGAAGAAGAGGAUGACGAGGGAUAUGAUGAGGAGUAUGAUGAUGAGGAGUAUGAUGAGGAGUAUGAUGAUGAGGAAUAUGAUGAGGAGUAUGACGAGGAGGAGAAUAUGAAGAAGCUGAGGAAGAAGGGGGAGAUGAAGGAGGAGAUGAUGUAG